AUGUACGACGAGCGUUAUCGUUAUUACGACGCCGAGCCAGGCCCCGGAUACGGCCGAAACAACGACGGUUCCCGGUACUAUCGCUACUACAAGCACUAUUACGCCGCCGCCCGACUGCACCCAUCCAUGUACGACGAGCGUUAUUGUUAUUACGACGCCGAGCCAGGCCCCGGAUACGGCCGAAACAACGACGGUUCCCGGUACUAUCGCUACUACAAGCACUAUUACGCCGCCGCCCGACUGCACCCAUCCAUGUACGACAAGCGUUAUUGUAGUUACGACGCCCAACCAGCCCCCGGACACGGCCGUAACGACGACGGUCCCUGGUACUAUCGCUACUACAAGCACUAUUACGCCGCCGCCCGACUGCACCCAUCCGUGUACGACAAGCGUUAUUGUAGUUACGACGCCCAACCAGCCCCCGGACACGGCCGUAACGACGACGGUCCCCGGUACUAUCGCUACUACAAGCACUAUUACGCCGCCGCCCGACUGCACCCAUCCGUGCACUACGAGCGUCGUCGUCUUUACGACCCCGAUCCAGCCUCUAGACACGGCCAUAACGACGACGGUUACCGGUUCGGUGCCCGCUAUAACAACAACGAUUACGACUGGCACUUUACCAGGAACCUUAACAAUUUUGCCUCCUACCGAUUGCACGCAUCCGUGCACUACAAGAAUUAUUAUAACCAUACCUCCCGACACAAUCGUAACAACAACAGUGCCUGGAACAUUGCCUGUAACGUCGACUAUCCCGCCACCGCCCGACUGCACUCAUCCAUGUACGACGAGCGUUAUUGUUAUUACGACGCCGAGCCAGGCCCCGGAUACGGCCGAAACAACGACGGUUCCCGGUACUAUCGCUACUACAAGCACUAUUACGCCGCCGCCCGACUGCACCCACCCGUGUACGACGAGCGUCAUCGUCGUUACGACGCCCAACGAGCCCCCGGACACGGCCGUAACUACUACGGUUUCCGGUUCGGUGCCCGGUACGACUACUAUUUCGCCGCCAGCCGACUGUAUACACCCAUGCACUACAAGUUUCCAGGCACCACAACUGUCACACCACUCCCUGAUUGUACGCACCCGUGCACUACAAGCGUUAUUAUUACCGCUUCUCCUCUACCACUAAACUGUUCUGUAUCGGGAUUUCUCGCUCAGCAGGCUGGUAGUGCUAUGGAAUUAUAUGGUGUGGACCUAAUAACUGGUGAAGCAAGUCUCAUUAAUGGGAAUAUGGAUACUGCACCAUGGGCAGGCGUUAAUGCUAUUGGAUAUAAUGUUAUGGAUAACUAUAUUUACGGGGCGACCUAUACUUCAUCGCUUGGACCGGGCAACUUAAUCCGUAUCGGAGCUGGAGGUGAAACUCUGGUAUUGCCAAUAUCGAUGCCAUUCUUUACAACUUGCGGCGACGUCGCUCCCGAUGGCCAGUUUUAUAUUUUAGGCGCCGAAGGCACUGGUAGUACUCCUGCAUGGGCCCAGAUUGACCUGUCCGACUCAAGUUCUCCUAGUUAUGGCAACGUAGUUGCUAGAGGAAAUACCCGUAUUACCCAAGCAGUUAGGGACUGGGCCUAUGUCCCUGGAGCAGGAAAUUUCUUAUGGACUUAUGCGGAUACGGGAGCCUCGCCAAAUGUCGUAGGCUUAUUCCGUUGGGAUUUGACGACUCAUGCCUUUACUGGCGUUCGAAAUUUAUUCACAAUUAGCUAUACCUCCCAUAUUGGAGCGGUUUAUGCAUCGGCGGACGGAUAUCUCUACGGCAGCGAUAAUGUUUCUGGCAGAAUUUAUAGGGUUAACGUUACGAGUUCACAACCUUAUCAGCUCGUUUCAUCUGGUCCCCGAAGCGGAGGGAAUGAUGGUGCAAGAUGCGUAAAUGCGCUUGAUCCAAUCUCGACCACUACAGCUAUUACACAACCUACUGAUACCGCUUCUCCUCUACCACUAAACUGUUCUGUAUCGGGAUUUCUCGCUCAGCAGGCUGGUAGUGCUAUGGAAUUAUAUGGUGUGGACCUACUAACUGGUGAAGCAAGUCUCAUUAAUGGGAAUAUGGAUACUGCACCAUGGGCAGGUGUUAAUGCUAUUGGAUAUAAUGUUAUGGAUAACUAUAUUUACGGGGCGACCUAUACUUCAUCGCUUGGACGGGGCAACUUGAUCCGCAUCGGAGCUGGAGGUAACACUUUGGUAUUGCCAAUACCGAUCCCUUUCUUUACAACUUGCGGCGAUGUUGCUCCCGAUGGCCAGUUUUAUAUUUUAGGCGCCGAAGGCACUGGUAGUACUCCUGCAUGGGCCCAGAUUGACUUGUCCGACUCAAGUUCUCCUAGUUAUGGCAAUGUAGUUGAUAGCGGAAACACCCGCAUUACCCAAGCAGUUAGGGACUGGGCCUAUGUCCCUGGAGCAGGAAAUUUCUUAUGGACUUAUGCGGAUACGGGAGCCUCGCCAAAUGUCGUAGGCUUAUUCCGUUGGGAUUUGACGACUCAUGCCUUUACUGGCGUUCGGAAUUUAUUUACAAUUAGCUAUACCUCCCAUAUUGGAGCGGUUUAUGCAUCGGCGGAUGGUUAUCUCUACGGCAGCGAUAAUGUUUCUGGCAGAAUUUAUAGGGUUAACGUUACGGGUUCAGAACCUUUUGAGCUCGUUUCAACUGGUCCCCAAAGCGGAGGGAAUGAUGGUGCAAGAUGCGUAAAUGCGCUUGCUCCAAUCUCAAGCGGCAGUAGUACAGCCACUUGA